AUGGUCAGCGGACACGCCAAAGCAACCGUCGACGGCACCGUCAUCGCCGAGACGGACCAGUGGGAGGAGGUCGAGGGCAAUGUCUACUUCCCGCCAUCUGCAGUGAAGUCUGAGUAUCUCACCGAGACGGACCUGCACACGACGUGCUCUUGGAAGGGCGACGCGAGUUACUACACCAUCGGCGUCAACGGCAAGGAGCUGAAGAACGCGGCGUGGUUCUAUCCCACGCCCAAGGACAAGGCACAGAACAUCAAGGACUACGUCGCCUUCUACAAGACUAAGGUGGAUAUCACUGUGAACUAG